UGAGCUGCCAGAUUAAUGUUGGUGCCUUCGACGUCAGCCUCUCGACAGCCCACCUACAUAUACUUGACUUCUUCCACUGCACUUUCCACUUUCUCUUGAUCUUCCUCACCAACAAACAAAACCUUCGUACACACCCUGACAAUGUCUCAACCACAACAAAAUACCGCCAGCUCGUCCAGCAAAAUAUGGGACAAAACCAAAGUCUUCGGCAAGAAGACCUUCGACAAAGGCUGGGACGCCCUGGACAAGCUCGGUGGGCCCGUCAACCGUCUCUCCAACAAGCUGGGCGCGGAGGCCUUCUGGCCCAUGUCCAUAGACAAGGAAUGCGACAAGGCCGCCCGUAUCCUGCGCAGCUUCUGCAAGGAGGGGGUCUACAUCGACGAGAAGGCCGAGAGCGCCCCGCCCGUCAGCGGGCCUGAGGCUUCCAACAACAAGGAGAAGGAGAAGAUCGACAAGCCGCGGGGCAAGCAGAAGGUAUUGAAGAAGAUCCCCGCGGAGGUCAUUCGGGAGGCGAAGGGAUUGGCUGUCUUCACUGCGAUGCGGUGGGGCUGGGGCUUCAGCGGUGCGGGGGGCAGUGGCAUUCUCAUCGCCCGCGAUCCCCAGACGGGUCAGUGGACCGAGCCCUCGGGGAUCCUCCUGCACACUGCUGGUGUGGGCUUCCUGGCUGGCGCGGAUAUCUACGACUGCGUCAUGGUGAUCAACACCUACGAGGCGCUGGAGGCCUUCACCAAGCUGCGCGUCACGCUGGGCAGUGAGGUCAGCGUGGCCGCGGGUCCGAUUGGCAUGGGCGGCGUCGUCGAGAGCGAGGUGCACAAGCGACGUGCGCCGAUCUGGACCUACAUGAAGUCCAAGGGACUGUACGGGGGCAUCCAGAUCGACGGAUCAAUCAUCGUGGAACGGUCGGAUGAGAACGAGAAAUUCUACGGUCGCAGAGUGCCGGUGAAGGACAUCCUGGCCGGUCAGGUCCGGUCGAACAACCCCUCCGUGAAGGGGCUGGUGCACACGAUUCAGUCCGCGGCCGGCCAGGCCAACUUCGACCAGGCCCCGGCUGGGGUGCAGAUUCCGACCGGCCCCAGCCCCAGCGAUAUCCCGCCGGAGCAACUGGCUCAGAGCGACAUGUUCCACGCCCAGGCGCCGGGCGCGCCUCCGCCCGAGGCCGUGCAGCACAACCCCGAGCAGUAUCAAGUGCCGCCCAACAGCAACCUCCCUUACAACCAGCCAGCACCCAAUCAGGGUCAAUACCACCCGGAGCAGUAUAACCAGGGGCCGCCGAACCCCCACACGGGCUACAACCAGGGCCCGCCCUCGGGUGCACAAUACCCGUCUGAGCAGUACAACCAAGGACCGCCCAACACGCAUGCAUCCUACAGUCAAGCACCGCCUGCGAAUGCGGAGUAUUAUUCGGGGCAGCACAAUCAAGUACCGCAGAACAAGUACUAAGACAGAAGGGGGAUCUGAGAAUGUCAACAAGCAGUUUCUAUGGUCUUUCUGACCGAUUUUACUCAGUUUAUGUACAUAGUAUUGACAGCAUGCGGCCAUGAUAGCGUCUAUUUUUUUUUAAGAUGUUCCCUUGGAUUCGAGGGCAGGAAUUGAAUAUGAGAUUGUGACAGUC